AUGUGCAGUGCCCGCCUUUGCUUCACAGACGUGCGGGUGUACAACCCACCUUUCUCCACCCCAGUACCCAGAACCCCACCAGGGGAGAAGAUCACAGUGGUCGAUGACUCCAAUGAGGAGUGGUGGCGGGGGAAGAUUGGUGAAAAAAUUGGCUACUUCCCUCCAAACUUCAUCAUCCGGGUGCGGGCAGGCGAGCGCGUGCACAAGGUGACACGCUCCUUUGUGGGCAACCGGGAGAUUGGGCAGAUCACACUCAAGAAGGAUCAGAUCGUGGUGCAGAAAGGUGAGGAGGUGAAUGGUUACGUGAAAGUCUACACUGGCCGAAAAGUGGGGCUCUUCCCUGUGGACUUCCUGCAGGAGAUCUGA